CCGCGAUGCGAGAUGUAACAUAGGUCCGUCCGUCUCCCUCUAGUUUCUCCGUUUCGGACUCCAGUCCCCAUAUAUUUACCAUUAAAUGCAACUCACCCUGUCACCCACCCCUCCUUCCAUCUCUAUUGUGGGAUCCUGAUCCCGAUUUCUCUCUCUCUCUCUCUCUCUCUCUCUCUCUCUCUCUCUCUAUGUCGUCGGCUUCGUUCAGCUCCAUUGGCGAUUCCUUCGAUCUCUUUCGCCUAUAGGCUUCAUCUUUGCUACGAUGCCGGCAUUCUCGAGCUGUAGCUAUUCUCUCUCUCAAGCUUUCAACAUUUGCUGCAAGCCCCUGGCAUUGGAUGAGGUCGAAGUUCUGAUUCGAAGUAUGACUUGCGAAAUGUGGUAGAUUACGCUUCUGUCUCAGAUCCAGAUUGUUGUUGAUUGUGAAUCGGAGAAAGAAGGAUGAUGAGCAAAACGGUCUUGGAGAUGAAUCGGAGUUUUAGGGCUCAGGAUUCUCAAAUGCAAGCUACGAUGAGGCAGAGACAGCAGCAGUUGGCUCUGAGGGCUUCAAUGAUGAAGGACAAGGAAGAAGAACUCGCCUUGUUCCUUGAGAUGAAGAAGUGCGAGAAAGAACGGAACGAUCUUCUUCUAGACAACUCGGAAGAGUUCGAUGCGCCAUUAGGAUCAAAACCCGGAACUUCUCCCAUAUUUAAUAUUUCUACAUCGACUACUGCACCAGCCCGCAAGACCGGUGCUGAUGAUUUCCUCAAUUCUGAAAAUGAUAAAAAUGACUAUGACUGGCUUCUAACCCCUCCUGGUACACCUCUUUUUCCUUCGUUGGAGGUGGAAUCACAAAAGACCAUGAAGAGUCAGCUUAAUACCCCAAAGGCUCGCCCCACUGUGCUGAAAUCUAGGUUAGCAAGCCUACAGCCAGAGCCUACUACAAGGAGCAACUUAGUAUCUAAACAAGCAGCUUCCUCCCUUGGAUUGAACACUUCAAGUGCGGGGACUCGCAGGCCUUCAUCAUCAGGGGGCCCAGGAUCAAGACCUGCCACACCAACUGGGCGCCCCACAUUGACCAUGGGAUCUAAACCUUCAAGACCCUCAACACCUACAUCAAGGGCGACCUUGCCUUCAACUAAGCCCAUAGUUCCUGCAACUAAGCCCAUAGUUCCUGCAGUUAAGCCUAUAGUACCAACAAGAUCCUCUACACCAUCUAGGUCUACAGCAAGGCCUUCAACUCCAACUGCCAGACCCACUUUACCUUCAUCCAAUUCCACAUCUAGGGCCGCAACACCUACUAGGCGACCAUCCACAUCAUCGAGUGCCCCUAGUAUUUCUGCUUCACUAACUAAGUCAUCUUCUUCAGUUUCAAAGCCAGCUCCAAUGACAUCAAGAAAUCCUGUGCCAUCACGUGGCACUUCCCCAACGGUGAAGUCCAGACCAUGGAAACCCUCAGAGAUGCCUGGUUUCUCACUUGAUGCUCCACCAAAUUUAAGGACAUCAGUUCCUGAAAGGCCACUAUCAGCCCCAAGGGGUAGGCCUGGACAACCAAGUUCUCGAUCUUCCUCCAUUGAGCCUGGUUCUAAUGGAAGACCAAGAAGGCAAUCAUGCUCUCCUUCAAGAGGACGAGGGCCCAACGGCACGCUUCAUGCCAGUGGUAGUUCUGUUCCAUCUGUAGGUUAUGGGUAUUCUAAAGUCAAUGACAAUGUGAGCCCAGUCUUGAUUGGAACAAAAAUGGUUGAAAGGGUAAUAAACACACGGAAACUGGCACCACCAAAGCUAGAUGACAAACAAUCUCCUCACAGUAAUCUCUCAGGGAAAUCAUCCUCAUCCCCAGACGGUUCUGGCUUUGGAAGGACACUCUCAAAGAAAUCCCUAGACAUGGCUAUAAAGCAUAUGGAUAUAAGGCGGAGCAUUCCAGGGAACUUACGGCCACUGAUGACAAAUAUUCCAGCGUCGUCCAUGUACAGUGUAAGGUCCGGGCCUGCAGGAAGUAGAGCUAUUAGUGUUUCAGACUCUCCUCUUGCCACGAGCAGCAAUGGUAGUUCUGAAGUUAGUGUGAACAAUAAUGGCCUAUGUUAUGAUGGGAUUGAACUAGAAGAUGAUAAUGGCAGUGACAGAGCUGAUCGGUCAGCUGCUAAUAUGCUUGGCAGGUGAUUCUUCUGAGGCCUACUAUCCUGAUAUAUUAAUUAUUGAAUUGUAGUUUUCCUAUAUUUUCAUUUUGAAUCUGAAUCACCCCAACAGCUAAAGAGAAUCCACUUCCCAUAAUGAAGUGACCGAAGUCUUGCUUCUGUGAUGAAUUUAAAUGAGGAUUUGAGAUCAUGUAAUUCAUGGUUGUUCAAUUAGCGAAACUAGUUAUGUACUGAACAGCCCUGCCCAUUUUUCUACACGUGAACACUUGCUUUAAAAGCUUUGACCCUUGUAAUCGAAAACUAGAAUCAGAUUACUUCCUCUCUGCCUUGACUCCCUGAUUCAAGAUCACGAAUCAGCUGGCGAACAAUUUACUUCUAUUCUUUUCUAUUCUUAUGCUUUUGUCAGAGUCAAACUGCCGUGUUUCCAAUCAUUAUGUAUUUCAAAGUGUUUUGUGUAUUUCAUCAA